AUGGAAGCGGAGAAGAAACACAAACUCCAUGAAAGCGAACGACCUUUUCGUCCUCGUCGUCUACCAAUUCAAAAUAUUGUCUGGAAAUUACAUCAACGGCAAUGCAAUCAAGCAUCGCCAGGGACAAAUUGGUACCAAACUCGCUCGUUGUAUCAGAAUAUAUGCCCGAAUUUUACUGUGGUUGAUGUAGAAAAACGAUUAUGUUUUAUGCGUAAAUUUUCACCCGAUGGCAAUUCAUUUAUUGCUUUCUCACUAGAUCAAAAAUCCGUUGAAAUUUAUCAAUUUCAAGGCCCAAGUGCUGCAGAAUCAUUACUCCAUGCCAACGUGGACGCAGCCUAUUUACGUAGUAAAAUAUUUGAUGUAUUUUUUAAGCGCCAAUUUAUUACUACUGUCACCAGUAAUGGAGAAUUACUCAAUCGAGAAUGCAGCUUAUACACAGACGAUAGCCGAUAUGUAAUUGUAUGUUCUGCAAUUGCAGUACCGGAAGAUCCAAGCCCUUAUUUUUAUGAUAUUUAUCGAAGUAAUGAAUCUGUUUUUCCGAAUGUGCGCUCUCCAUUGGAACAUUACACCAUCCAUAUCAUUGAUUUACAAACUGGUCGCCACUGUGAUCAGAAAACAUUCCGUUAUGAUAAAAUCUAUCUAUCCCAUAAUCAAGGCUUGUAUUUAUAUAAAGAUAUUCUAACUGUUUUAUCGGUUCAACAACAAACCAUUCACAUCUUUCAAGUAACUAAGCAUGGCCUCUUGAUCGAUAUUCGUACUAUUGGUCGAUUUUGUUUUGAUGAUGACGAGCUAGCUUUAUCUGCUCUAUCAGCAAAUAUAACCAGUCAUCACUAUCAGUCCAAUACAACUGCCUCAACUCAUCCUCAACGUAGGGACAGACCUUUUUGUGAUACCUCCAUUAACUCAUUAAAACAUCGCCUAUUAACUUAUCUAUGGAGAAAAGCUAAUCAAGAAGGACCUGAUGGAUUGAGAAGAUUUUAUAAGCAUUACAUUUACUUUUGUGCUUUAAGAAUGUGGAAAAUGCAAAUGUUAGAUGAAGAGCAUCUAUUAAUUAAAUAUGCCAAUGAAGAUGUAGUCACCAUGCGUGUCAUGGAUCCAAAUGCUCAACCAUCUUUAUUUGUCAUUUAUAAUACCAAAUCGACCAAAGUAAUAGCGGUAUUUGAAAAUACUUCCGAAUUAUUGUUACGCCUUUUUGAAGAAUUUUGUGAUCAAUUCCGCAAUGCUCAAUUACAUUUAGCAAUCCCCUUUACAAGCAGUGCUUCAAAUAAUCUCCAUGCAAGGCAAUUACUCCGUCGUUUUAAAGAUACUAUUGUUAGUGCUAAAUAUGGUGGUCAUAUAGAAGCGGUUAAAAGGCUGCUGGCUCAAUUGCCUAUAAGCGCUCAAUCAUUUAGUAGUAGCCCAUACUUAGAUCUUUCAUUAUUUAGUUUCGAUGAUAAAUGGAUAUCGCAGUUGGAGAGACCAAAACCAUGUGGUGAUCAUCCAAUAAAGUUUUUCGGUCGCGAUUCUGGGCUACUCAAGUUUAAGAUUUUCCCCGGAAUACCCGACGUUCAGUCGCCUCCAUUAGCGAGAAGAUUAGUAGCAUUUACAUUCCAUCCAUUUUAUCCUUUUGCCAUAUCUGUACAACGGACCAACAUCGAUUACAUAGUGAAUUUCCAUUUCCGUCAUAAUUCUAAAGAUAAUAAAGAAUAUGUGAUAUAA